CAAAUUAUCAACUGUAGAUACAGGUACAGGAUAAAUACAAACCUUUUUUCUUCGAUUGCGGGACAGAAAAUGCGGUAAUCUGAGGUUUCAUAGUGAAGCUAAAUUCCUGCCCUCUUUAAAAUACAGCCCCAGUGGAUUUUUCUUACCAUCCGAUCUACAAGAAUCCUAUGCGUCGUGACUUAGUACCCCACCAUCUAAGAGAUAAUCUUUUCCUAAUGUUUAUUAACACUUAGAUCAUGUUGAUCCUUUCCAUGUUUUCAAUGGUGUUUUCGGGUCUUCAUUGAUUUCCCUCUCUGACUCCCCAAGAUUUAAGUCGCCGGAUCUCGCCCGGCCGUGCGUUACGGGUGGUCAGUCACUGAGAAAAGUUGUAUCUCUCUUCGCACUUAUAUUCAUAGUCAAUAAAUUCUUGCGAUAUCCUCCACCAUGUCCGGCCAAAGCAAAGAGUACGCCGACAUCAUGGGCCGAGAAACCUCCUUCGGGACCUUUCUCUUCAUCCCCCAAUGGUUCUCUACCCUGCGACUAGGCUCAGUCGGCUACUUCGACCGCACAGGCGAAUGGAACGAAAUCACUAACCUGUUCGAGAAAGAGCAGGCCGAAAAGGACGGAUUUAAGCCAUUUAGCCACGACCUGAAACUGCGCGACGUCCGUGAGACCCAUUGGCAGGCUGGAUCCGCCGAGACCGAGACAGGCCGGAGUUCCCGCCUCACCACUGAAGCCAGCGGUGCUAUAGCUGCUGCACCCGUUGAGGCGUCCGUCCAGGUUAAAACAAGCUCGUCGACGACGGGCAGUGCGGCGCUCAUCACGUCGUCUGUGGUGCGCAACUACAGGUUCCAAGGGGACUUUAAGGGGCCAAUUAAAGAUUGGGUGGAGGAUAACGCCAAGGCACUUGUUGAAAGAAGAAGUGAUAUCGAGACGCAGGGACUGUGGGCAGUUAUGGGAGCAUGGGUGACAGACGAGUGCGCCAUCAAGAUGACAAGCGGGAAGGGUCAGGAAAUUGACGUGUCGUUCGACCUGGGCGCUACGGGGAUUGGGAAGCUGGGUGCGGGCGCCGGGGCCUUUGACAAGCUUAAGCGGGAGGGGUGGUGGACAUAUCCCAAGAACGAGAAAAGCCAGGGCUACGUUGUUUCGUUUGCGGGAGUUGAGUACUCACUUCGGUCUCUCCACAAGCUGAGAAGCACACCACUCAAGGUUUAUAAUGAGACAAUCAGCCUAGCCCCUAAACGAGACCAACCUGGGUCCGCGGAAAAUGAGCAUCGAAUGGCGCUUUUAAUGAAGUUAGCGCAACUUCAGCAAAUUGAACAUAAGGAGGAGAAGGAGGCGAAGCUGAAAAGACUGGCAGAAGAGUAUCCUGAGAUACAUGAUCUUUGUUCGAAGUCUCAGUGAGGGGGCUCUACGAUCCAUUUCUGUUCCUAUCGCAAUCUACUUCUGGCCUAUUGCUGUAUACUGUUCACUUGCCUAAACACGUGAAUCUUUGCUUUAACGUAUCUGCAUAAACGUUACCAAG